AUGUUCAGUCGCCAAAGAGACUUCUUCGACCUGGCCUGGAAGCUGCGCAUGAACUUCCCCUACUUCUACGUCGCGGCCUCGGUGAUACUCAACGUGCGCCUGCAGGUACAUAUUUAG